AACACAUUAACAGUGCCUAAGCGUAGAGGUGCGCAGGCGUGGGGAGUGUUCCAUUCAUGCGCUGUUUGAGGCACAAAAAAUCUGGAGCAGGCGCAGUAUCACACCGGUAGCUGACAGCGGCCUGGAUAUAAAUACAUAGCAAUUAUACAAAAAGCACAACAAACAGCUGUUAUCUGUGUGCAGACACCAUGACGAGCUCAGGAAAGGAGAAUCUGAGGCUGAAACGCUACAAGAAUAAAUCUCUGAACACGGAUGAGAUGAGGAGGAGGAGGGAGGAGGAAGGGCUGCAGCUGCGGAAACAGAAGAGAGAGGAGCAGUUAUUUAAAAGACGUAAUGUAGCAACAGCAGAAGAAUCUGGGGCAGAGGUGGAGGGGAUGUCAGACAGCGGCUUCCUCGAGUCCCAGGUCAAUAACAUGGACAUGAUCUCAACAGGUGUCAUAACAGCAGACAUGACACAGAUGAUCUUUUCUGAAACUCCAGAGCAGCAGUUAGCCGGCACCCAGAAAUUUAGAAAACUGCUUUCAAAAGGUGAGGACGCACCUGGUCUCCCAUCACAGCCUUACCCACCUAUUAAUGAGGUAAUUGCAACCCCAGGUGUGGUUGAGAGGUUCGUGGAGUUUCUCAAACGGAGAGAAAACUGUACCCUUCAGUUUGAAGCAGCAUGGGUGCUGACAAACAUUGCGUCAGGAACCUCCCACCAAACCAGGGUUGUGAUCCAAGCGGGGGCUGUGCCAGUCUUCAUAGAGUUACUCAGCUCAGAGUUUGAGGAUGUGCAAGAGCAGGCAGUGUGGGCGCUUGGAAACAUAGCUGGAGACAGCACUAUGUGCCGGGACUAUGUGCUGGACUGCAACAUUCUGCCCCCCCUGCUCCAGUUGCUAUCUAAGCAGAACCGGCUAACGAUGAUGAGGAAUGCAGUGUGGGCCCUUUCCAAUCUGUGCAGAGGGAAGAAUCCUCCCCCUGACUUUGCCAAGGUGUCCCCCAGUCUCAGUGUGCUGUCCUGGCUGCUGUUGAUCAAUGAUGUAGACGUCCUUGCGGAUGCCUGCUGGGCUGUGUCAUACCUCUCAGACGGACCCAAUGACAAGAUCCAGGCUGUCAUUGACGCUGGGCUUUGCAGGAGAUUAGUAGAACUUUUAAUGCACAGUGACUACAAAGUGGUUUCCCCAUCUCUCCGAGCAGUGGGUAACAUUGUGACAGGAGAUGACGUGCAGACGCAGGUAGUUCUAAAUUGCUCAGCUCUGCAGAGUUUAUUGCACUUACUUAGUAGCCCGAAAGAGUCCAUUAAGAAGGAAGCCUGCUGGACAAUAUCAAACAUCACUGCCGGUAACAGGGCACAGAUACAGACUGUAAUAGAUGCCAACAUAUUCCCAGCUUUGAUAAACAUUCUACAAGUAGCAGAAUUCAGAACAAGGAAGGAAGCAGCGUGGGCUAUUACAAACGCAACAUCUGGAGGCUCAGCAGAACAGAUAAGGUACCUGGUUGAGCUGGGCUGUAUAAAACCCCAGUGCGACCUGCUCACUGUCAUGGACUCGAAGAUCGUGCAGGUGGCUCUCAAUGGCCUGGAGAACAUCCUGCGGCUUGGGGAGCAAGAGGCCAAAAGGAGUGGCAGUGGUGUUAACCCUUACUGCGCCCUCAUAGAGGAGGCAUACGGUCUGGAUAAGAUCGAGUUCCUGCAGGGCCACGAGAACCUGGAGAUCUACCAGAAGGCCUUCGACUUGAUCGAGCAUUACUUCAGCCCGGAGGAUGAGGAUACGAGCAUCGCCCCGCAAGUGGACCUUGACCAGCAGCAGUACAUCUUCCAGCAGUGUGAGGCCCCCAUGGAAGGCUUCCAGCUAUAAGCACACAGCCUGAGCACUGAAUGAAAUCCAGUGGAGAUGAGAAGAUGGUGUACAAAAGUGACGUGUGCUCCCCCAGAGAAACCCAGACCAUUGUCCUGGAAAAAUUAUUUAAUAAUAAUGAUAAUUAUAAUGAUUAUAGGAACACAUGCCACUGGUUGCCUCAAAUGACAGUAAUUCUUUGCCUCUCAUUCCCAAACACUGAACAACAAAAUUCAUUUUUACUUAAUAUGUGCACUGAAUUUGGAUGUGAAAUGGACAUUUUUCAGAAAGACAACCAAUUCUUUAAUAUCCAUUCCUUGUUUCUUACCAGCACAAGCUAACAUUAACAUUGAUCUCCCUUUUCUUGCACUAAACAUCCCUUGAGUUCUUUUACUAGAUAAAUACAAAACAAUAUAUUGAGUCAGACCAUGAAAACAAACAAAGGACCAAAAGAUCUUCAGCACAGCAUGGGGAACGGUGAUAAUGUUGCUGUGCUAACAAAGCCCUGAUUAUCACUCCUUCAACUGACAAGAUUGGAUUGACCUACUUUUUGAAAAAAAAUGACUGAUCUUUUUUUGUGGAGCUGGUUCUGUUAAAUACGGGAUUCAAAGUAUAUCGAUGGCCCCCUUUUUUACAUUGUUUUAUUACCAGGGACUCAUGAACAAAUACAGUAUACAGGAAGCCCAAAAUCCACUAACGUCUUAAAUAUACUUCAGACUGGGAUAAAUAGAACUAUUUCUGUUGUUCUUGCUGCGUCUCUCAAGAUGGGGUCACUGAAGACGAGGAUUGAAAGACCGUCAGGAAGAAGGCCUUUGUUUUUCUGUGUUGUGUCUAUAAUGAACACAUGAGCUAUUACUGCAUAAUAAUAAAUGAUGGAAUUAUAGUGGUCACAUUGACAACAUUAACAGUGCUGUGUAUCAUCUUUCCUAUUCUGGGACGUCAUUGGACUUCAGCUACCAUCCUAAUUUUACAUGGAAAAAAAGGGCCAGGAUCGACAUUCGCCUACUAGGUUUCCGAGAGCAGUAACCAUUCCUCUGUCAGUCAAAGUGUCAGUGUCCAGCAUUACAUUCUUUGACGCAAUGUGCUUAGUGUGACAUGACCUGAAGCCUCAUUUCCGCAGUUCAAAACCCAUACUCACAGCCUUUGCUAUUCAGACUUGAAUCUCGUUGCUUUGCGGACUGUAUAAAUUGAAAUACGUAAAGGAGUAUAAUAGGCAGCGCUGCCUGCUUCCUCCCGAUCUCUUCCUGUUGCGAGCCCACUAACCCAUGGAGUCACUUCAUGUCUAGUUAAAUGGCACCUUGUUGAACUUCAUUUGAAAGAUUGUAUCUCACGGUCACUAGAUUGAGUCCUCCCUAUUUUUUUCAAAUGAACACUAAGGAAAAUAGAACAGUAAUUAAGUUGCUGGAUCCAUAAACAAGACCUGUUGAAAUGUUGCAGUUGGCACAAAAGAAUAUUUAGGAUUUCACAUUGAAAUUUUGAUGAGGCUUUUUGUUUGGUACAGGGUUCUAUCUGUAUAUUGCCAAAUCAUUUUAGAUUUUACAUUACAUGUCUGGAGUUUUUUUUUUUUUAAAGGAAAUGAGCAUGUUAAUGCGGGCUGCCUUACCUAUACAUGGCAUAGUUGUCUUAUUGCUAAGACUUGGUCAUAAGCAUCACCAUAAAAGCAGAUGGGUUUUUGUUGAAGAAUUCACAAAAACUUUUUUUUACUCCAAAGUGUGAUUAGCACCUUUUUUGAGAAAUAAACCACUUAAGAAAACACUCUUUGUGAUUCCUGUGUUGUUUGUUUCUAGUUUUGUAUAUAAAACAAUAUAAAUAUAUAUUAUUUUUCUGAUAUAUAUAUAUAUCAGAAAAAGUUGUAUUAAUGACGCUUUGGAGUAAUAAAAGUUUUGUUAAUUUUCUCUAGCAUAUCUAGUGGGCUCAUUGAGAACCUGCCUAAGCCACCCCUCUCUGCAGCUCUUCAGGUUUGGACUGGUGUAAUCCUACAGACAGAAAACUGAUUUUUACUAUAUUUAAGUCUGUAAGUAACUGAAAAAGCAUCAGAGCACGUACCCCCUUAGGUAUUCUGAAGACAGUUCUAGUUAGUUCCACUAUUAAACGUCAGAACUGUAUAAUGAUAUGAUUGUUCCACUCAUACAGGGAAAGCAGGCUGUUCAUUAAAGUGCUGAUGUUGCGUGCUUUGUAAUAUCCACUGAUGUGCUCAGUCAAUGAUGGGUAACUUUCCUUAAAGGGUUUAUUUUUUAUUUUUAUGAAAAUCAUUGCGCUUUGACAGCCACUUCUGUAAGGUAAAGAUUCAACAUCUGUUAUGAUACAGUAUUUCAUCUUCUGGUGUGUAUUUUCAGAUGCCCUAAAGCAAUUCAAUGACACGGAAUGGCAGUGACUCUAGAAUAUAAUGUGGACCCUUCUAUACACAGCCAGUGAGCAAUAUAACAAAUACAGCAGGAGGUUCAAACCUAAUACAGUCACUUCUACAGAAGUGUGGCACGUUUUAUUUUUGGAUUCAUGUUUUCUAUGCUUCCAGAAUGAAUAGAUACUGUUGAGUACUUUUGUGUAAAAGUUGUGUUAUGUUUGUUUGCAUAAAUGCUGCUUUCAUGGUACAACAUUGCCAUCUAGCGUUUACUUUAUAAAACAAAUGACUUUCAGGUGAUUUUCAUUUACGACGCAUACUCGCAGCUCAUUUUUAUUUUAUUUUUUUUUAACAAAGGAAAGUUGGGUUUUGUGUAUUGCUUGUUUGAUCAUUUAAUAAAGAGUUUUUUGAUCCUG